AUAGUGGGAGUGAUCUUGCGUACAAACAAUAACACGGAAUCGAGUUAAAAGGGCGUUGCACAAAUGACAGUGUUUUGGCAAAAUGCCCGGGCAAGUUUUGACUACGUUUAGCAGUGCCUAGAAGGCCAAGUGCGCGACGCCAAAACAACUAAAACCGCGACCAAACACAACGCGGAAAUAGAAAAGUGAGAAAAAAAACCCAAGCGCAGACAGCGAACUUUGGACACAGACAAUUGCAAACACAAAGAAAAACGGAGAAAAUGUCGGCGCAGCGUCUGAAUGCAGCGGAGCGGGAUCUGGAGAAGUUCAUCAAGUUCCUCGUUUUGAAGUCCACCCAGGUGGUGGUGCAGUCCCGGCUGGGCGAGAAGAUGCAGACGCAGUGCAAUCCACUGGCGGGCAGCGAUUGGUUCAACAUUGCCGUCCAGGAUCAUCCGGAGGUCCUGGAGGAGACCAAGCGGGCCCUCAAUCUCAAGACUGGCGAGAGCAUCCUGCAGCGCCUGCCGCUCUGCGUGGAGAUCUCGCUGAAGACCGCCGAGGGCGACCAGAUGGUACUGGAGGUGUGGUCUUUGGACCUCAUUCCGCCCCAGAAUGGCUCCUCCCCGCCCGACCCCGAGGGUCACCAGACCCUCAAGGCCGCCCACGCCAUCUACAAUCGCAUGGGCAUCAUGCUCAAGUCCCUCAUCUCCCUCACCCGCACCACGCCCGCCUACAAGCUCUCCCGCCGCCAGUGUCCCGACUCCUAUGGCAUCUUCUACAGGAUCUACGUGGACAGGCCGCAGGUCCAUACCCUCGGCGAGGGCCACAAGCACGUGAAGAUCGGCCAGCUGAGCACCAUUGUGGGCUCGCUGGUCAUGUCCGUGGCCUACCGCACCAAGCUCACCAUCUCGCCCACGGCUGCCCAGGCGGAGAGCAACACCAUUAUGCUGAAAUCGGAUCACUUUAGGCCCGCCACGGAUAGCAGUUCGCCGGGCCAACAGCAGCAGCUGCAAAACGGCACUGCCGUAACCAAGAAACUGGGCCUGGGUGGCCUCAAUCUCAACCAGGGCUCGGCCGAUCGACGCUUCAUCGACAUCGAGAAGCCUCUGCGGCCGGGAGCCUUCACCGAUAUGGGCAAACUGAAGCAGUACACCGAGGAUGACUUUGUGCUGCCCGAAACGCCGCCCUUCGAGUGGCUCUUGCGCGGACGCGGCUCUGUGGAGUCCCUCAACCGCCUGGACAACAACACAGCCGCCCCCAGUGUGCUCAGCAGCAAUAACAACAACAAUCCGCAGGACAGUAAACUACACGCGAUCAGUAAUCUCAACAAUAACUCUGCGGGUUUCAAGAGUUUCGAGAAGAACUCUGUGUCGCCCAUCAAGAGCCUGCUGAUUCCCGCCAGCGCCACGCCGACGUAUCGCCACCACUCGGAACCGCAGCUACAACAACCGCCGCCCGAUGAUGAUAAUCUGCUCAAGGAGCUGCACUUUCCCUUCGCCUCGCCCACGUCGCAUGUCAACGAUCUGGCCAAGUUCUACAGGGAAUGCUAUCAUGCGCCGCCGCUCAAGGGUCUCAACGAACUGCAGGCGGAGAUCUCGUCGCUCUCCUCGACCCCGCCCGCAUCCAGUGUAGCCUGUGGGCCAACGGCAGCUUCCGCUGCGAUCGCCACCAGUGCCGCCGAUGCCAGCGCCAUGGACGAUCUGUCCCGGCAGCUGGAGCAGUUCGAGACCUCGCUGGAGGACUACGACAAGCUGGUCUCGCAGUUCGGACUCACGGGCUCCUCGUCGACGGGCAGCCGCAGCAGCGGUGGCCUCCAGAUGAGCAACUAGACGUGUCAUUAGUUAGUCCUUAUUUAUAAAGGGGCGGAGCA